GUAGUAGUAGUACAGUACUACUCCUUGUGGUAGUCCUCAGGGCUCCGUUAAUUUAUUAUUUCAAUUAUAGUUAUAGCUAUACAAAGAAAGUACGUUGAUUAACAAGCACUGGCUGAGCAGAGCCAGAGCACAGGCCGUGAUUGGGGCAACACACUUAACCCCUUCUUAAUUUCAGGUAAAACUGUUAAAACAAUGAUAAUUUUUUUAAAAAAAAUUCCUUUAUCUCUUUAAACUUUCCCUGAAAUUUUCAUGCUUAUCUUUAGCCCCACAUUACAGAGGCCACAGCUCUUAGGUGUGUCUCAUUCUCAUUUCCCUUCACUUUUUUCGUACCUUGUGUCCCCUGCUUGACUCAACUUGUGCUGCGCUCCCUCCACCCUCAGUUCUCUGUUUUGUAUCACUAUCACGCCCCCUCCCUGCAUACAUACACUUCUUUUCUCUCCUUUUUAACUCAUCUUUCCUUGAAAUUACUCCUUCUUUAUUAACUUUCUCAACCAUAUCUAUUCACUCCAUACAUUCAUAUCAGAUUUCUCUCCCUUUUAAGACCGUCCUCUCUCUCUCUCUCUCUCUCUCUCUCUCCCUUUGCUUUACCCUCGCCGUGUCGUGUCCCAAAGGAAUACCUCUCUCAUCCUUUUUUUUUUUCUUCCCCCUUUUCCAUCUCUAUUUCACUCUUCAACUUCCACUCCCUCCACCGUUUUGCCUUCGUCUUUCAACAUCAAUGCUAUCCCCAAAAACCUAGCACACAAGCUCUACCCCCAACAUGUCUACGAUGAAGUACACUCACCACCUUAACCGCACCAAACUCGUCAUACCAGCGGAAGAACACCCACUAAAGCAACCUUUUCCGAGAGUGGUGAGGAUAAGCGUCACAGACACCGAUGCUACCGACUCUUCUUCCAGCGACGAGGAACAAGGCUUCCGGUCUUCCACGCGCCACCGACAUAAAAAGUUCGUCAACGAGAUUGUUAUUGAUUCGUGCACCAGCGAGAUUGACGGCGUCGUUUCGAGGAAGAGAAGCAGGGCCAAGUCAAGCGCCCCCGUCAAAGACAGAGUCCCGGCGAGUCGGCGUGUCUCCUCCGGCAAGAAAUUCCGGGGAGUGAGGCAGAGGCCGUGGGGAAAAUGGGCCGCUGAAAUAAGAGACCCAUUGCGACGCGUACGGUUGUGGUUGGGUACUUACGACACUGCUGAGGAAGCUGCAAUGGUGUACGACAACGCGGCCAUCAAGCUGCGUGGACCCCACGCGCUCACCAAUAUCAUAACGCCACCAACCGCGAGGCAGUGCUCGCCGGAGAAUCAAAAGCCUCCGCCGGCGGUGGUGACCGGCGGUUACAAUUCAGGGGAAGAAUCUCAAAACAAGAAUUUGUUUUCUCCAACUUCUGUGCUGCAGUGUUGUUCGUUAUCCGAGGAAGGUGAAUCUGUAACGGCGAAAGAUGAUGAAUACUGGUGCGUGUCGGAGAAUAAUAUAUGUGAUGAGAAGGUCAAAUGUGAGUCGCUGUUUCCAAUUCCAAGCGAUAUACAAUUUGACUUGCAAGGUUAUUGGCCCGAAACGGAUGUGUUUGGCAACGUGAAUAACGACGUACCGGAAAGCAUCUUGUUUGGCGAUGAUUGGAACGGUGUGUUUCUCACUUCCUGUGAGGAUUUGGAUUUCGGUGUCAAAAGUUGGCAUACAGAUAGAGGACAUGACUUUUUCCAAGACAUUGACGAUUUAUUUGUUACAGAUCCGCUUCUUGCUCUUUGAUUUCAUGGAUUGUUUUUUUGCUUAUAACAAGGAUUGGAUUCUCGUCGUUGUGUUGCCCCAAAAUCAGCAAAUUUUGUAUCGGCGGGAAAUAUGACUAUUGUAAUAGCUAAUCAAUUUUUAUUUUCGUUUUGGUGUUAUUUGUAACAGUAAUGUAGUAAUUAUCACUCGUGAGAAUCAACGUUAACAAUUAUCUUUGGAUAUUCUUAUUUCUAUUAUGAUAUUUCACAAAUUUGAUA